UCAUAGCAUCGCCUAAAUAUUCCAACGCGAUCUAAGCUUAUUAAUUAACCUAUUGGCAUACAUACACGAGCAUCAAUAAAAAGUUACAAGGAAGCAUACCUAGCAUUCCCUUAUGGUCCCAGUAAUUGUGUCAUCAUUCAGGCUGAUUUGCUCGGAAUGAUAAGCCGACCUUCGCAUACGAAUUAGACACGAUUAGACACGAUUAGACACCUGCAAUAUCUAGGGUUAUGAGUUUCCUUGGGCUCCUAUCCGCCCUGUUCGGGUGGAUAUAUACGCUAUCAUGGUCGCUGUCAUUCUACUCACAACCACUAUUAAAUAUUCGGAGGAAAUCAACGUCCGGGACGACCGUCGACUUCCCGUUUAUCAAUACGCUUGGCUUUCUUGCCUACCUUAUCUAUAAUACCCUAUUUUACUCAUCUUCAGUUAUCCGGCAUCAAUAUGCUUUGCGACAUAACAACCACACGCCAACUGUCGCAGUUAAUGAUAUUGUAUUUGCAGCUCAUGCAUUCAUCAUUUGCUUGAUUUUAACUACUCAGUACUUUUUACCCGCUCUUUGGGGGUUCGAUCGGGCACCGGGUACUCGUCCGUCUCGGCUUAUAUUGGGCGUCGCGAGUGGAUCGUUCCUUGCCGUCGCUAUCAUUAUCCUCGUGGUACUAUCUACGCCUUCGGAUUCGGACCCGAAGACUUCAUGGACGUGGCUAGACGUCGUAUAUACGAUCUCGUACGUCAAGCUACUCAUUACUCUUGUAAAAUAUGCCCCCCAGCUGGUGUAUAACUUCAAGAAUCACAGCACGAAAGGAUGGAGUAUCUGGCAGAUACUACUAGAUUUCUUGGGUGGCAUAUUGAGUAUCGCGCAGUUGGUGAUCGACUCUUGGCUACAGGGAGACUGGUCUGGAGUCACGGGCAACCCAGUCAAGUUUGCGCUGGGAAACGUGAGUAUGCUUUAUGACCUAGUGUUCAUGACUCAACACUACAUACUCUACCGUGAAGACGACCCAGCGAAGAAUAGCGAGGAAGAUUCGCUGCUUGAGAGAGGUGAUGAGCGUCGAAGAUUAGACUAAACCCACGAUAGAGCCUGGUAGUGGAUGUGAAGCAGCUGUUUUGGGUUAGGUGCAUCAUGUCCUAGGAUGCCAACUAGAUGUAAGUACAGAAAUGAUGUUUGUUUUAAACAACGAAUGACUCCCUUCCAAGGGGGGAUUGAAGGACUGGCAUCAUCUAUGCACUCGUACUCUGAGGGUUGGGGAUAGCAUAUGCUAGACAGAGAACAUGAUCCUCCAACGUCAAAGAAAUCUCGAACCUUAACAGGAACUACGUAUAUAUAUUGCUGGAAAUUAAUAAAUCUAGUAGUGUGAGAGCUCAAUACCGUAGCGGAAAUUACUGUUAAUAACAAAGUUGUUUCUCUAUAAAAUAAAGAUAGGCAUUGCUAGGUCUGUUUAGGAUAGUUUAAGAAGAUAAGGCAGUAUUGAUACGAUAUUGAUGCCUAAUGUGCUGCAAUUUUACGC